AUGUUGGAUCGGCUACCGGGGGAGAUCCUCGACGAGAUUGUCGACCACCUCCUCACUCCACGGCUGAUCCCCGCCUACACGUUCCGGCUCAAUUCGUCCCAGCCCGGAUGGCCCGCGGUUCUAGCACUUCUGCUGACUCUGGUGGGGUUGCGCCAGGCACUUGCUCCCCGGCUCUUUCGCUUCCUCCUGCUUGUGAGGACCAACCAGAUCGAUACCCUACUCCAGACGACGAAAGGAAGUGAACAGUAUAGUGAUCAUCUCACUUACGACCGCCAAUUCCUCAGUGAGGUGCUCCAACGCAAUGUUGAAGAGUGCCGCUACGCCGACCGGGCCCGCACCAGUUUCCGAGUGCCGGAAGCCGCCAGCAGGUACGAGAAGUUCAGCAUAAACUUGCUGAUAACCACAUUGGAAUGUGACAAGCACGUCCAGCUCCACUGGUUCCCCCACUUGACCGCCCUUAAGAUGUUUGAUGAAGGGCAAUGGCACCACGCUCCAAUCCAUCUCCCACACCUCCAAUACUUGGCAGCGAACUUCCACGGAGCAGUAGCCGUCUCUUCGCCAAAACUUCAACGACUAGACUUACUUGCGGACUUCGAUAACAUCGACCCCGAGCACUUCGCCAAUUGGCACCUUUCGCCCACCGUGACUGAACUCAACGUGUUUGUCGACCAUCCCUUUGCAUUCAAGUAUGAGAAAGUGCUUGUGUGGCUCCACCAGCUUGAGAAUAUCACUACGUUUUCUGCUCGGGUCUCUCACCGCAAACGCGACGAGCCCGACACGGCGUUUUACUGGCACGUCCUUCCAGAUCUGGGUGAUGCUAUGACCCAGAUACUCAACCGAUGCCACCACAUCACCCUCGACUUGCUUAUCAUCAAUCACCUUGAGUUCAGCCCCCCCAAUCACAAUACUUAUUACCGUCACGGCAACGAAGAUGCCACUCUCAUUUUGGUGGAACCGUUCAUGGCAGUGUCGAAGUUGGCACCGACAAUGCAGCAGAAGCUCGCCCACAUCCUCAUGCUGAGCCAUGUGGCGCAGCUUGGGUUCCAGUUCGGUGAAGUGGUCGACAAUAGUGACUUGACGGCGUUGGCGCUAAUCCUCAACUUAUUGCUGGGGCUCCACCAGAACUACCGGUGGACCGCGAUCACCCGAGUGUCGAUCGAAAAGUGCUGGUCACGGAUCGACGAGAUGAUUCUUCGGCGGUUCUGGAUGGAGCCGAAGUCGCAGCCGCUCGCCACGGCCACGGUGUGGGGACGCAUUGCCGUAAACACCCCCAGAUUCCGGCGCCAGGAGUCAUUUGCCGUCGACUACACUCCAUCCGCCGGUGAUGUCGAUUGCUUAUCGUUUGCCCCCACCGAUGGUACCCCGACUAACUCACAGUUCUGGAGUGUGGAGCUGGCUAAACUAGAUUUGGAGCAGUAUACUUUGCCCCAGCGGAGGCGUAGCGGCAUAUGGGCAUGA